UUUUUAGACUGUGAAAGAAGUGCCUUCUGCUGAUAUCAUGAGCAGCGAUUUUGUUAUACUUCCUCCUGCAAAGAGUGGGAACUCUGUCAGAUUAAAAACAAAGAAUAUCAGAGAACUUCGGACGGAAACAAUACAGCUUGAGAUGCAGAAUCAGGAAAUGGAGCAGAAGCUUAUCCAGUUGCGCCAGAGCAUGAGCAGAGAGAAAGAGGAGCGGGAACGAUCCAAUGGAUACCGUUGGAAAUCUGGGCAAAUUGGAAAUCAGACUCAGAACUACAAAAAGGAAACCAUUGACAAGGCUUCUUCGGGGAAAGUGAAGCUAAAAGUCCUCAAAAAUCCAAUUUCAGAGCCUGAGAAACUGAAGACAUCAAGGCCUGAAGAUAUGCCAACCACUGAGAAACCUAGAUUAAAGGGCAAAGCUUGUGGACAAUGUGAAAAGAAAAGUGCAUUACUGAUGUGUUUGGAGUGUGGCGAGGAUUACUGUGCUGUAUGCUUUGCAAAAAUUCACCAGAAGGGGGCAUUGAAGCUACACAGAUCUACGCCCAUCCAGGGGAAAUCUCAAGAUGGCAAAUUACAUGCUUUGCAUGCCUUCAGAAAAGAACUGAAUGUUGAUGAGUCCAGAGGAAGACUUGAAAAAGACAAGCAUAUUACUGGCCAGACAAUCUCAGCUGGAUUUACUUCCUUUGAGUGGAAGGGAGAAGUUGGUGAAGAGGGUUUUAGCUCAGAGGCGAGAAAUGUGUCUUUUCCGGACAACUCUGGGUCAUUACUGCAUGGAAGCUUUAAUGAAGAGGAAUCUGCAAAAUAUUUUAAUGAAGCUUUAUUGGAAUGGAGAAAUCAAACUCUAUCCAAACCACAACCUCUCAGUACCACUGAAACUGGCACAGAUUCUUCUGACAAUUCAGCAGUUCAGACUGUUCCGACUGUAUUAGGAAAUCCAUUCCAAGUUGAAUUUAAAGACAACAGCUUAAGUUACAUGGAGACAUUGAUGUUGAAAAAACACAGAAGAACUCCAGUUAAUUGGUUCCCAAGAAAACAGAUGGAUAAAAUGAUAUAUUCGCCACCUGUAUCUGAGAAUGAACUAGAUGUGUGCAAUGAUUUGACAGCUGAAGAAAUGGAAGCUCAUGAACAUUACGUGGCUUUGUUCAGAGCAGAAGAACAUGUCAGGAACAACGUGAUGCAUGAACCCGCUUUAAAGAUUGUAGAGCUGGAUAAGGAACCAGAAAGAGGGCUUGAAGAGACGAAACAUUUCUUGGUGACAGAUGUAGAAAUCAUCGGAAGGCCUCUGGAGCCUGGAAAUCAGAAACAGCCAUUCAGUCCUGCCAAAUUGUCUUCCAAGUCACCUAUUUAUUCUGUAGUGACACAGAGAAGUGCUCCUUUGCCAUCAACUUACUGUGUCGAUAAAGAAGAACCUAUAAAGUCUUUCCAGGAUAAAACUGGCGUAAAAG